AUGGCCGCACCGCCGUCCUCGCCCCCGCCGCCUGAGAAAACGUCCGAUCUCGAUGUUCUGGACCGAAAACCCUCGUUCCGGGCUGCUGUCACUGCCUCGGAAAGUGUCGACCAGCUCCAUCGCCGUCUUUCCAACCGCCAGAUUCAAUGGAUAGCCAUCGGUGGCUCCAUUGGCACCGCGUUGUUCGUCAGCAUCGGAUAUGGCUUGAUUGAGGGCGGUCCGGGCAGCCUGUUCAUCGCCUUCACCCUGUACAGCUGCAUGCUGGGUCUGGUCAACAGCUGCUUGGCCGAAAUGGCCAUCUUCUUCCCCGUCACCGGCUCGUGGAUGCGCAUGGCUUCGAAAUGGGUCGACGACGCUCUCGGCUUCACCGCCGGCUGGAAUUUCUACCUGUACGAGGCCAUCUUGAUCCCGUUCGAAAUCUCGGCCCUCAACCUGGUUCUGGCCUACUGGAGCGACAACAUUCCUCUCGCCGCCGUCAUCGUCGCCUGCAUCGUCCUCUAUGCCAUCAUCAACCUGUUUGCCGUGCGCUGGUACGGUGAGGCUGAGUUCUGGCUGUCGUCAGGCAAGCUGCUGCUCAUCUUUAUGAUGUUCGCCUUCACCUUUAUUACCAUGGUUGGCGGCAAUCCUCAACGCGAUGCCUACGGUUUUAGGUACUGGCGAACGCCGGGAUCCUUCGCCGAAUACGUCACCACGGGCUCUCUAGGCCGCUUCGAAGGCUUUCUCGGCGCUUUCUACCAGGCUGCUUUCACCAUAGUCGGGCCCGAAUACAUCGGCAUGGUCUCUGGCGAAGCCGUGUAUCCCCGCAAGACGAUCAAGCAAGCGUUCAAGACGGUGUACUGGCGCUUCGGCUGUUUCUUCAUUCUUGGCGCCCUCUGUGUCGGCAUUGUCCUGCCCUACAACGAUCCCAAGAUCAACGGGCUCCUGGGAGAGGGCGCGACUGGCGACGCCGGUGCCAGCCCUUAUGUCAUUGCAAUGCAGAACAUGGGCAUCACCAUACUGCCGGAUAUCACGAACGCGCUUCUUGUGACGAGCAUCUUCUCCGCAGGCAAUUCUUACGUGUACGCGGCAACGAGAUCGCUGUAUGCGCUGGCUCUGGAUGGCCACGCGCCAAAGUUCCUCAGGAAGGUGAACCGACAAGGCAUUCCCAUCUGGGCUUUCGCCGUCACCAUGGUCUUCCCGUUCUUGUCGUUCCUGUCUCUUGGCUCAAGUGCCUCCGAAGGCCUAAAGUGGCUGGCUAACCUGACCCAAGCCGCCCAAAUGAUGAACUACAUCAUCAUGUGCACUGUCUAUCUCUUCUUUUACCGCGCCCUCAAGGCUCAAGGUUACAACCGCAACAGCCUACCCUACAAAGGCUGGUUCCAACCGUAUACUGCAUAUCUCGGACUGAUCUUCAUGAUUUUUACCGUCACCACCUACGGAUACACCGUCUUCCUGCCGGGCUGGUGGAACACUGGAACGUUUUUUACAUACUACGCCAUGGUCUUUGUGUGCAUUAUUUUGUAUCUUGGAUACAAGGUGAUCAAGAAGUCCAAGGUUAUCCAGCCGCAUGAGGCAGACCUGGUCUGGGAGAGGCCGAUGAUUGAUGCCUAUGAGGCGGCAAUCACCCCUCCGCUGGGGAUAUGGGAAGACCUUGGUAGGGUGAUGGGAUUGAGGAAGAGGAAGGCUCGAAGCUCAGAGGAUUGA